AGUGAUGUGUAUCCACUGAAGAUCUCUCGAGGAAGUUAGUGUCUCACACUGGCUCCAGCAGCAAACUCUGCUCUCUCUCAGACUGUCGGCUGAUCAUUGAGUUUAAAGAUAGUUUUGCACUGCCUUCGAUGGAUGUUUGUGUUUUUACUUGAUUUGGUUUGUGUUAAACGUAUGUUUAAUUUCUAAAAGAAGUUUAUUGGGCUGCUUGUGGACUGCGCGCAACAAGUCGAAGACCUCACUGGAAAGAGCACUUUCAUAAGCAAUCAAAAGUCUUUUCUGAUCUCUUCUUGGACACUGGCAUUCGGGCUGUGUUCUUCGUCAAGUGCUGUGCUGAAGAAAUUCGCCGUGUAUCGAUUCUGCUCAAUGUUUAUGAAACGUCUCCGAUCGAAGACUUCGGUUGCGCACGUAUUUUAACCUAUCGAUCAGCUGUUUGUUGAUUCGGAGAAUAUGGAUCUUCGUCCAGAUAUCCCACCCGCCUCCCAGGCAGGGUCGCAGGUUCAUCCUGGCGCCGCUGCUGCGGCCGCUGCCGUUGCCGCCUCCAUCCCGGUUUCCAUGGCCGGUAACCUGUUAAGGGGCCCGCCGCUGUUGCUUCGCGCUACGGAGAAGUAUCCACGAACUCCCAAGUGCGCCCGGUGCAGGAACCACGGCGUGGUGUCCGCGCUGAAGGGGCAUAAGCGCUACUGCAGAUGGAAGGACUGCAUGUGUGCCAAAUGCACUCUCAUCGCUGAGAGACAGCGCGUCAUGGCCGCCCAGGUUGCGCUCCGCAGACAGCAGGCGCAGGAGGAGAAUGAGGCAAGAGAACUUCAGCUGCUCUACGGCACAGCAGAGGGUCUGGCCCUGGCCGCUGCCAACGGCAUCAUACCUCCCCGGCAAAACUAUGAGGUCUUUUGCCCGGUUAACAACGAAACAAACCCUG